UAAUGAAUUUCCUGAAGAUGUAUUUACAAAUAAGGAUCGGCAGGAGGGAGCAGUGCUGUUUCAUAUUAUUGGUGCUCUUUAUAUGUUCUAUGCCUUGGCUAUAGUAUGCGAUGACUUCUUUGUUCCCUCGUUAGAGAAAAUUUGUGAGAAAUUACACUUGAGUGAAGAUGUUGCUGGAGCCACUUUCAUGGCUGCAGGAAGCUCGACCCCAGAGUUAUUUGCAUCUGUAAUAGGUGUAUUUAUCACUCAUGGUGAUGUAGGAGUUGGGACUAUUGUUGGGUCAGCAGUUUUCAACAUCCUUUGCAUUAUUGGCGUCUGUGGGAUAUUUGCGGGACAGGUGGUUCGUCUCACCUGGUGGUCUGUGUUUAGGGACUCAGUGUACUACACACUUUCUGUGAUCCUUCUUAUCAUUUUCAUAUAUGAUGAGCAAAUAGUAUGGUGGGAGAGCCUUAUACUCAUCGUUAUGUAUUUCUUCUACAUACUUAUCAUGAAGUACAAUGUGAAGAUGCAAAAGUUGUUUACCAUCAAAAGCAUGAACGUUGGGAAUGGCAACACAGUCAGCAAUGAGCUGGAAGAUGUGAAGGGAAAGCAGCAAUAUGGCAAAAACCCGGUGGUGAUGGUGGAUGAGAUCAUCUGCUCCAGUCCCCCGAAAUUCCGCUUCCCUGAAGCUGGCUUACGAAUAAUGAUUACAAAUAAAUUUGGACCCAGAACCAGACUGCGGAUGGCAAGCAGGCUUAUUAUUAACGAGCGUCAGCGACUGAUCCACUCUGCCAAUGGCACAAGCAAAACGCUUCACAAUGGGAAACAUGAAAAUAUUGAAAACGGGAACAUCAUUGUGGAAAAUCAAGAGGAGGAGAAUGAGCAUGAAAACGCGUCUCCCUUUUCAGCACCAGAUGGAAAAAUGAACAAAGUCAAAUGGAUUUUCACGUGGCCAUUGCUAUUCCUGCUCUUUUGUACCAUUCCAAACUGCAGCAAACCCCGCUGGGAGAACUUUUUUAUGCUGACAUUCAUUUUAUCCACUUUGUGGAUUGCUUUGUUCUCCUAUUUUAUGGUGUGGAUGGUUACUAUAAUUGGAUACACUCUGGGGAUCCCUGAUGUUAUCAUGGGCAUUACUUUCCUAGCUGCAGGAACGAGUGUACCAGACUGCAUGGCCAGCUUAAUAGUAGCAAGACAAGGUCUUGGUGAUAUGGCAGUAUCCAAUACAAUAGGGAGCAAUGUAUUUGACAUUUUAGUAGGCCUUGGAGUACCAUGGGGCAUGCAAACUAUGUUGAUUGAUUAUGGAUCAGUGGUUAAGAUAAAUAGCAAGGGACUGGUCUAUUCGGUUGUGCUUCUGCUGGGGUCUGUAGCUCUUACUGUGGGUGGAAUCCAUGUAAAUAAAUGGAAACUUGACAAGAAACUAGGCUUCUACGUGCUGUUUCUUUAUGCCAUUUUCCUGUGUUUCUCUGUAUUGAUAGAGUUUAAUGUCUUCACCUUUGUCAACUUUCCAAUGUGCCGAGAAGAUCUUUAAAACAAGCCACAACCAUGAGAGGGGCUGACAUACUCUUGAUUCCUUGUGCUAUAAAUGAUAGGAGACAUUUUACAUUUCUACCUUCUCAUCAGUCAUCUGAUUUUCUUUCCUGCUUUGUCAUCCAACAAGCACUUUUACUUACCUGGAAGGAAAACAAACCUUUCUUUUAACAUGCUAGCUCAAGGCAACCAAAGCAUUUUCCUCUUUGGGUAUUGCUGCUCAGCCAUCCAACUUGUGGAUCUCAUGCAGAGCACUCAAAAGUCCGAUUUUCAUGGUGUUCUGCUGUGGUUUUCAUUCUCCUUAUGCAGACAGUAAUGCACCACAGUCAAUCGGAACAAGACUAGAAUAAACUCUCCUCUCUCUUUUUUUGACAUUUACUGUCCAUGGAAGAAGAAGAGGCUGGCUCAGAACUUUUCUUGACUCCAUUAAAGCAUCGGAGCUACAGGACCAGAAAGUCCGAUGCACAUAACAUGGCAUGCACUGUUGUGAACAUAUGUUUUUCCCCUUCAAGUGCUCUGUUUAUAGAGGAACUGCAUUGACAUUUAUAAGCCUUUGUUGGUGAUUUCUGAAUAUUUAAUCACUCUCUUUUU